ACAGAUGACGCCAUCCGCCUGCGACAAACCUGCUUUCUCCACGAUGGAGGUCUGCGGAUCUCUGACUGUUUCUUUGAGAGAGUUUGGUUGUGAACAGAGCUUGCUGUCUCGAACUGAUGGCUCUGCUUCUUUCGUCCAAGGAGACACGAGUGUGAUGGCUGGAGUGUACGGACCAGCUGAGGUCAAAGUCAGCAAGGAGAUCUAUGACCGGGCGACCCUGGAGGUGCUGGUUCAGCCCAAAGUAGGGCUGCCAAGUGUAAGGGAACGAUCGCAAGAGCAGUGUGUGCGAGAAACCUGUGAGGCUUCUCUGCUCCUGACGCUCCAUCCACGCUCCUCGCUCACUCUCAUCCUUCAGGUCCUGCAUGAUGAUGGUUCACUGCUGUCUUGCUGUUUGAAUGCUGCAUGUAUGGCUCUUAUGGAUGCAGGAUUGCCCAUGAGUUGCCUCUUCUGCGGAGUGACUUGUGCCAUCAGCACAGAUGGGCAAAUCAUCACAGACCCCACUGCAGCUCAGGAAAAGGAAAGUCGAGCUUUGAUGACUUUUGCGAUCGACAGCGCAAAACGCAGCGUUUUGAUGUCGUCGACCAAAGGAUCGUUUUCAGUGCAUGAGCUGCAGCAGUGCAUAGCAGUCAGUCAGAAAGCAUCAGAGAAGAUCUUCCAGUUCUACAGAGACUCUGUCAAGCGGCGAUACUCCAAAAGCCUAUGAGAAACACGGAGCUUUCUUUUGCCUAGUCUUUUUUUACUUUUAUUUUAACAAUGCAUGCAAACACUGAUGUCGUAAUAAAAUAUUUAGAAACCCCUGUGGGUUACAAUUUCUUCAGUUCAGUUGUAGACAGCUGUGCUUCAUGGUGGGAAGGCUUGUAUGAGUAUAUUUGUGAGAGAUCAGAAAUGAAAGGAGGAAAGGUGAAUGUCAAACAAGUGCAUUUAUUGGGAUUUGCUGAUUUUCUUUCACUUUAAUAUAUACAUUUAAUACAAGGAUGUGACCUGGGGAAAAGAAAAGCCCUGAAUAUUUUUUGUAGUAAUAAAUCCCAUUUGCUGCAACCUUUGAACUUUACUGACUCACACGUUCAGUGUCCGCUUGUUGUCUGUACGAGUGACACAAAGCGAGACGAACCUGAGCAGAGCCUGUCGCACGACAGCCUCAUCGUUCGGAGCAAUCCACGUGAAAUGCCUCCACACAAAUCAAUAAUUGACGUAACUCAGCUGUAACAACAAAGUGUGAUUUGUUUUUCCUCUAUUAAAAUGAAAGUACAGUGGAGACAGACGGUAGUUCAGGAUUGUCAGUGUGAGGCUGAAUCACAGCGCGACAAUGAGAGAGCUGACAAGGGCAAGACACGGAGAUACCAGAGGUUGGUCUACUAAAAUCUGUUAAAAGUGAUCUAUUACCAGCUUUGAAACAACACUGGGAUUGCAGCAAACAUAGUAUUUUAUAUGUACUCGAGCUGUGUGCUCUAUAAAACUAUUUAUCUAAAUAGAAAAUGUCAGCUUCCACCAUAGUCAAUUCUUUAUAUUUACUUGGAUACCCCCCAUUUACUAUGUAGUUAAAGGCUCAGAGCUUUUUCCAGUCAAUUCUGCAACAAUGUUGGUCCAAUUGAAGGAAACAAUCAAAGUUUGCAGCAGGAAACCAACAAGCUCACCAUGCAGGGUUUUCUUAUGACCAAACCUGGGAUGUUAUUGAAACAUGCAUCACAAUUUUUGCAACUUUUCUUGGCCCAUUUAAAUAAAGCAUUUGUGUGUUUUUGAA